GUGCCCGCAUAUGAACCUACAUCUAGCCCGGAUGACUCAAUUCGGUGCCGCGACUAGCGGGUUAUUCAGUAAAACUGCAUAUCGCUGCAGGCACUGCCACCGCGAUAGUUAAGGUUAAGCAUUUCACGCAUCUAUAAGAUUUCAAACAAUCCCAAGCAGAUUAAAACGACAACAUACAACAGUUACACCUUCAACCAACUCGACGACAAACUAGCUAAAAGCUAGUUUCGAAACUUCUACCAAUCGCCAAGAUGGAUUUCUUCCGUUCCAACUCCUUCUCCUCCCAAGUCCGGAACAUGAUGGCCCAAAACCAUGUUCCCGGCCUCUCAAUCGCCAUCAUCCAAGACGACGAGGUCGCCUCAGCAGGCUACGGGUACGCCACCCUCGACCCGGAAAAGCCAUGUACGGCAGAUACGCUAUUCGACAUAGCAUCAUGUUCGAAGUCGAUGACCGCGGCCUCGGUUGCGCUGCUCGUCGAAGACAACAAGAACCAUCCAGAGGUGCAAUGGGAUGCGAUAAUGUCAAGUUUACUCCCCGAAGACUUCGCGAUGCCCAAUCCCGAGGACUCUAAACUUGUAACCCUCGACGACGUUGUGAGCCACAUGACCGGAAUGGCCUACAACGAAGCAGCACUGAUGGGUCCCACAACAGCACAAGGAGACAACGCGCGUUCCAUCACGCGAAAUUUACGGAACCUACCUAUGCUGAACCCAGUGCGCACGAAGUGGGAGUACUGCAACCUGAUGUUCACAGCAGCCGCGCAUCUCGUCGCGGAAAAGAGCGGGAAGACGUUCAACGACUUCCUGGAAGAGCGGAUCUUCGGACCCCUCAACAUGACGUCGACUAGUUUCCAACCAGCGAGCGCCAUCUCCAAGGGCUUUGAAGACCGUAUGGCUAAGGGACACGAUUGGAACAAGGAGGAAGAGAAGUAUCUCGAAUUCCCGCAGAUCACAUCUCCGGAGGGUGAGGGGGCAGGUUGCGUCGUUACGUGCGCGAACGAUUUCAUUAAAUGGGUUAAGGCGUACCUAAAGCGAGAAGGCCCCAUUAGCCAAAAAGUGUACAGAGAGCUUACGCGACUACGGGCUAUCACCGAUCCUACGGGGAAGAUGGCGAAGUUUCCCAGAUCUCCCGAGAUGUACGCGGCGGGGUUGGAGGUGUUCUGGUAUCGAGGAUACACCGUCGUCGGCCACUGGGGCGGCGUUCCCGGGUUCUCAAGCCGGUUCUUCUUCCUCCCGGAAAUAAACUUCGGGGCAUGCUUCAUGGGAAACUCGCCUAACGCGUCGACCGUGUUUGGGGCGAUAGGCAAACAGUUGAUGGAUGCGGCGUUGAAAUUACCACCGGUACCGCGGUUGUUGACGAAGAAGGAUGGGAAUAAGCCGAAGACAAUACCGAAACCUGCCAAAACCAGCCUGGCAGUUCGCCCGAAGGAUCAGUCGAUACCUCAAUCCGAAAGCGCUUCCAACGACACGAAAGAUGAGAAUCAACCCGGCGACGAGCCACAGAAGGAGCAACCCGAUGAUAAGAAGGCGACAGAGGAGCCCGAGCCCAAACCCAAGAAACAAAAACAAAAGGAAAAGGAAAAGAAGCCAAAACCUCAAACGAAACCCCUAAGCGACUACGUAGGAAAGUACUGGAACCCCGGGUACCGCAGGAUGACGGUCUCGAUCAAGGACGACAAGCUCUUUAUCGACUGCAUGGACCGCGCGUACUACGGAUAUACGAUAACGUUCAAGCACGUCGCCAACCAGACCAAGUACACGGCACACAUCGACAAUGUGAAUGAUGUACACGGCGAUGAUAUCCGGGCCCAAUUCGUAUUCGACGAGAGCGGGCGGGCGGUUAAGAUGGGAUUGAAGAUGGAAUCUGAGUUGAAGCAUCUGAUUUGGUUCGAAUUAGAGAAGGAUACGUGAUGAUACAUGAUGGAAUUAUAAUCUAAGUUGGUAAUUGAGAUGGUUGUAUCGAGUUUUAAUUAACAGCGUAAAAUCCAUUCGUUUAUGACUACCUAGGUAGGUAAGCUUUUAGCAACUAAAUGUAUCCUCCAUGUUGAGAGCAAAUAGCAGCUAUU